CGCGCUCCGCUGUAUUUCCGCGGAUCUGGCAACCCGCGCUGUCAGCGCUCAGGCGAGGAAGCUGCUCAUUAAUGUGGCUUCAAAAUCUCACCAAUGCUUCAUCACAACUAGUCCUUUAUUAGCUGUAGACACUGCUCAGCGGGUGGUUAAAGCAUCGAAAUCGACCACUGCAGGCACAGUUAGGUUUCAGAGUAAAUAUCGCGUUAUCGAGCUGCGCAGAGAAAAGGCCAGACAGACUCUGAGAAGCUCGGCCUCUCCGAGAGGCUUGGGUUGAAGCACAGAUGAUCGCAGAUCUUUGGCACCCUGAUGACGUGCUGUGAGACCAUGUCCCUGCGGAACGUCACGAGUGAUCUCCUGCGCCGCCAGAUCCGGGAGAACCGGGCUCUGGACUUCCAGAGACACUAUCAUGUGACCGACCCGUUUAUAAAGCGUCUGGGGCUGGAGGCCGAACUGCAGGGUCACUCCGGCUGCGUCAACUGUCUGGAGUGGAAUGAGAGAGGAGACCUCCUGGCCUCGGGUUCGGAUGACCAGCACGCCAUCAUCUGGGAUCCGUUCCGGCACACCAAGCUCAUCACUAUGCACACGGGACACGCAGCCAACAUCUUCUCAGUGAAGUUCCUGCCUCACUCCGAGGACCGGAUCUUGAUCACAGGAGCCGCCGACACCAAGGUGCACGUGCACGACCUGACGGCGAAGGAGACCACUCACAUGUUCUCAGACCACACCAACCGCGUCAAGCGCAUCGCGACGGCUCCCAUGUGGCCCAACACCUUCUGGAGCGCGGCGGAGGACGGCGUCAUUCGGCAGUAUGAUCUGAGAGAGAGCAGUAAACGCUCAGAGGUGUUAAUCGAUCUGACGGAGUAUUGUGGGCAGCUCGUGGAAGCCAAAUGUCUGGCCAUCAACCCUCGUGACAACAACUACCUGGCUGUGGGAGCCAACGGGCCCUUCGUGCGGCUCUACGACAUCAGAAUGAUCCACAAUCACAGGAAGUCCAUGACUCAGAGUAGCUCAGCCGGGCAGGUCCAGUACUAUGUCGCAGGUCACUUACCCGUGAAGCUUCCGGACUAUAACAACAGAUUACGAGUUCUGGUGGCCACCUACGUCACCUUCAGUCCUGACGGCACGGAGCUGCUGGUGAACAUGGGUGGAGAGCAGGUGUAUUUAUUUGAUCUGACGUUCAAACAGAGGCCGUACACAUUUCUGCUGCCCAAUGAGGUACAGAAUGGGAAGACGACCAAUGGUGUGUCCAAUGGGAUUCAUCUUCCUGCUAGCCGCCUCAGACUGGCUAAAGUCUCCAGUGAUCUUCCUCCUCAUCUGGAGCGGAUCAAGCAGCAGGCUAACGAUGCGUUCGCGCGCCAGCAGUGGACACAAGCCAUCCAGCUCUACAGUCUGGGCAUCCAUGAGGCCGGACACAACGCCAUGCUGUACGGAAACCGCGCCGCCGCGUACAUGAAGAGAAAGUGGGACGGAGAUCUCUAUGAUGCGCUGCGUGACUGUCUGAAGGCCUUGUCUCUGAACCCGGCUCAUCUGAAGGCACACUUCCGCUUAGUGCGCUGCCUGUUCGAGCUCAAGUACAUCGCCGAGGCUCUGGAGUGUCUGGACGACUUCAAGGGCAAGUUUCCGGAGCAGGCGCACAGCAGCGCAUGUGACGCGCUCGACAGAGACAUCAAGGCGGCUUUCUCUUGCAGUAAAGGCCAGUACAUCGUGAGCGGUUCAGACGACGGCUCGUUCUUCAUCUGGGAGAAAGAGACGACGAACCUGGUGCGGAUCUUACAGGGGGACGAGUCUAUAGUGAACUGCCUGCAGCCGCACCCCAGCUACUGCUUCCUGGCCACCAGCGGCAUCGACCCCGUGGUGCGGAUCUGGAGCCCCAGACCCGAGUCGGAGAACGAGAACUGUCGUGUGGUGGAGGACAUGGAGGGUGCGGCCCAAGCCAACCAGAAGCGCAUGAAUGCGGAUCCGCUGGAGGUGAUGCUGCUAAACAUGGGUUAUCGCAUCUCAGGUCUGAGCAGCCGAGGCACCGAGGGCUCGGAUGAUGAAGAGAGCUCGGAGAGCCAGGUUCAGUGCCGCUCCAGCUAGAGCGUCUCCACGUCCCACCUUCCACAAGAGAGCAAAGCACCUUGGAUAUUUACUCUGCGAUUUCAGCUCUUCGACUCGACGCUGAGUGAAUGAAUGAAUGAAUGCCAACGCUCCGCACUAUGCAGAUAGAAGCGAGAAACCCAGCUUCCCUCUUUCAGUUUCCCUUCGCAAAGCACUUACAGAUCAAUAUUCACAACACAUUCGGCGUGCCGUCAGGUUAAACCUCGUCACAGCGCUUGGGUCUUUCUAAUGCGGGGCUUGCUUGUGGACGCGAUUUUGUCUCGUUUUGUUUCUUUCCCGAAUUAACUUGAUGAUCUCUGAGCGCCAGAGGACGGAAAAUGAGUGUUAUUGCUUACAGAAAUAUGUUUGUAGGUCUGCAGCACUUUGUUUGGAAUUUAUUCUGGAGAAUAUACAGUGUUUCUGUUCAACCCAGACUUGCAUUGUGAAUGUUCAUCAGGUCGGGUUUGCUGGGACUGAAAAUGUUUGUUGUUGUUGUUGAUGAUGAUGAUGAUGAUGUUUUGAAGGGUUUGUUAUUAUUUUUUUACCUUCACCGGCACGAGCAGGACAUUCAUCUUCAUCGAUGAACCUGAGAAGAGAAAAUAAAGACAGAGAGAGAGACUUUCACAGUGUGUUAUGAGAAGAUGAGAUUUAACAGCAGUAAAAAGAGACUAGAAUCGGGUCUAUUUUGGGAUGUGUGUGUUUAUGUUUCACUGUGUUCAUUUAAUUUUGGGGUUUCAGUAUAGUUUAGUGCAUCGAAUAUAAAAAAAUAAAUGAGAUUUAAAGUUUUGCAGCAGCUCUGUGGUUGCUGUCAUGAUCACUGGUGGGGGUUUUCAAAGGAAAACAUUGUAUUAUAUGAGAAAAAAAAGUAAGUUUUCUCAUCAACAGCAUGGCUUUACAAAUGCAGUAAUGAUGGAGACGAACUAGAUUGAUUUCAUUUCAGACGUAGAGCCAUCGGAAGCGCUGGAAAGACAACGCACAGCCACUCUAUUUUCCCAUCUGUCUCAAAUAAAAUUAAUUUAUUUACAAA